AUGAAUUUUAAGGAUAAUAUGCUUAAAUCGAUAAUCGCAAUAUAUAUGCUGCAAAUAAUAUUUUGCUAUGGCUUGUCAAAGUUCACCAACAUCCAAUGUUUCAAUUUGGAUGAAAAUUUUUCUCAUUUUUCGGAGUGUCGUAUGAGGGCGGUUAAGCGAGAUGUUACUGAAAUAAACAUUAAAGCCAAAUUAUUACAAUCAAUUACAGCUAAUAUUACUAUGCGUUGGCAAUUAAUGAAGAAAGCAAGUGGCUAUAAACCAUUCCUCUAUGAUGUCUCAGCAGAUGUAUGUGACUAUUUGGAAAAACCCAACCAUCCAUUUAUUAAUAUAAUACUACACUCUUUCGGUAAUCAUAGCAUUAAAGUACAAAAAUGCCCCAUUAAUGAUGAAAUUGGUUUGGUACAGUUUCAAUUUCCGAUGAAGACUUUGGAGUCUUUGCCAUUGCCUUUUGGAGAGUAUGGGCUAUUUUCUACUUUUACUGUGCAGGGCAUUGAACGCGCGGCAAUAAAAGCUUAUUUUGUACUAACAGAGUUUUAG